GAGAACAUACGAAAUUAGUUCCUCAAAGUUUCUCUGUUUUUGGCAAGCAUCAAUCUGGCAGCCAGCCCUCCGCCGCGGCGCUUGGUCCACACCAGGCGUCGCCGCCACCAGCACCCCCGUAUUUCCCGCCAGAAAAUUCUGAAUGGCCAACUCAUCCACCGAAUUCACAUUUCACGACCCAUUCCGGGAAAUCCCGAGCACGGAACCGUCUUCAUCCUUCUUUGUUGAAAAUCCUACUCUUGGCCCUUCUAACCUUCCAUCGCACAGCGAGCAGAAUCCUUUGAAUUGGCCGGAUCAUCAUCUGGGCUCCGAACUGAAUGAUAUUUUGGACCCAGAGGAUCCAUUUUCUGAUCCUGUUAUUUGGGCUUUCUGCAAUGCUCCUGGUGAUGUUCCCGGAUCCUCUGGUGCUGGCCCUUCCAGGUUCCCUGGAGAAGGCUGCAGUACCCAUGGCAUUCUUGAAAAUCCAGUUUCCGGAGAUCAAUCACUGCCACUUCCACUCGUUUCUGUUCCUCGAACUCAGUAUAACUGCAUUUGCUGUCAAGUACUUCGAGAGAUUACUCAUACUAACGGCAUGAAUGUGAAGAGGCUUGAAAUCCACGGAAGAUUUGGAGUAAUUACUCAUGCAGUUCUUGGGGAGUAUGAUUUUGAUUCAUCUUUUCAGGGCCAGGAGUUCCAGAUGUUCGAUUUUCAGGAGGAGAGCAUGCAGAUUGUGAAGAAGUUCUUGAUCCGAUAUUUUGAGGCGUGUAAACAAGAGGGCUAUAGUACACUGCAAGAUCCUCUCUCGACUUUCUACGACGCCUUAUGCGUUGGAUUGAAUAAUGAAUGUGACGAUCCAAAUGAUUUUCUUCAAUUAUCACCAGAAAAUGCAGGUGAUUUCCUGAAUAACCAACAAGAAACGUUGAGGCAACCGGAAUGCGGAAGCAGCCAAGGGGGGUUCAUGAAGAUCCCUCUAUCGAUGCAGAGGGAGAGAACUAGAAAACUGAAGCUAAAGGACUUUGUACAUUACUUUGAUCUUCCAAUAGAGGAUGCUGCCAAGAAAAUGAACAUAUGCCCGACGGUGCUGAAGAAGGUAUGCCGCAGAAAUGGAGUGUUAAGAUGGCCUUACAGAAAGAUAAAAAGUAUAGAGAGAAAAAUAUCCAAGAAAGUGAAGAUAUUAGAUGCGGGUGAUGGUGGGGAGAAAGCACGGGCUCUAGAGGAUAUACAAAGGCAUCAGCAAGAACUUGCCAAGGUUUAUGAAGCAUUCAAUCAGUAGCAGCACUUUGACAGAACACUUAUAUUUGUUUAUAUAUAAUUAUGUUUUUUCGUGUUCUCUAUUUGUUCAAACACACAAGUAGGAUUGUGAAAUCAAAAAGCUUUUGUUAUUUCCUAUUGAAAUUAUCCUUGUAUGCUUAUUCAUUCUUAAGAUGAGCACAUAUGAAUAAAAAACUUGUGUGGGCUGGUGUAAUAUAUCAACAGCGUGAGCAGACUACUGUCGAACAGAGACAUGCUUCAUCAAAGACAUACCAAAGAAACAAAAAUAGUCAAGAACAGAACAUGGUCGUCAACUGGGGUUGCCCAGAAUCCAAAUUGCACAUCCAAGUUCAUUCUGUACAAAAAUGUCUUACAACAAUAGGGGAAAAUCUGAAAGGGAGCUAUUCUUGGCUCAAGAAAACAACUGUUCUCAGAUGCAUGUAUCACCAAGAAUGACGACUGCCUAUUCGCAUCUUCCUACGGAAAGGUCUGCAAGCUUCAAUGCUAAGAUCAACGGCAGCUG